AUUAAUGGAACUCAUCUUCGUUAAUCGUUGAUCAGUAAUCUACAAUCAGGACUAAUAAUGAUCUUAAGUAAAGGCGUAAGACUAUGGUUAGUGACAUUAUGGUGACUCUUUACAGCUAAGCCAGCCGCCCUCCUUUUCCGCUUUCCGCCACCGCCUUGCUCCUCCCUUUACUUAUCGUCCUCUUCCAGUAUCUUCAUAUUCGGGGUAUCAUUUCACUUUUUUAUUAGGGGUUCGGGAUGACGGAGGGUAUGGAAGUGGAAUCUAGCUCCUGGCGAGAUGAGUUGGCAAGCUUGAUGGACGACCCCGGUGGCGGUGGGGUCGACGGUGCUGCGCCGGCAUUCGAGGCGAAGAGGCCGUCGUCGUUUUUGUUCCCGGAGAGCGAGCCGGCGAAGGAGAAAGAGAGCACGAAGGACCAAAUCAAGGGUUUUGUGAAGGCAUGGGGGGAAUUGUUGCUGGAGUUGGGGAAGGUAUGCAAGGACGUGGUGAGGCAGAGCUUGUUCACUGAGAACUCCUACAUUGUGCGGAAAACGAAAAGGCCGAUAUCGGCGGUUUCUAAGAGAUUGAGUUUCUUCAACGAAUACUUGCCUGAGGAUCGGGAUCCGGUGCACGCUUGGUCGGUGAUCUUGUUCGUCUUCUUUUUGGCCUUUUCUGUUUUGGGUGUAAAUAAUAGAAGGGAUACUAUGGGCAUAGUAGAAGUUAAGAGAGUGCGCAUUCAUCCUCCUAGUGCCACCAGGAUAGUACUUCCAGAUGGCAGGCACAUGGCAUAUCAGGCACUAGGGGUUCCAUCUGAUAAAGCUAGGCAUUCCCUAAUCAUCCCUCAUGGGCUCCUCUCUUCUAGGCUUGCAGGCAUACCAGGAGUCAAAUCGUCGCUGCUGGAGGAGUUUGGUGUUCAAUUGAUAACUUAUGAUCUUCCAGGUUUUGGUGAGAGUGACCCUCACCCUGAAAGGAAUCUUAAUACAUCAGCUCUGGAUAUGGCAUUCUUGGCAGAUAGUGUUGGAGUAAAUGGUAAAUUUUGGGUAUUUGGUUAUUCAAGUGGAGCUGUUCAUGCUUGGGCUGCACUCAAUUACAUUCCCAAUCGAAUUGCUGGUGCUGCCAUGAUUGCUCCCCUAGUCAAUCCAUAUGAUUCAAGCAUGACACAUGAUGAAAUGACAGUAAUGUGGGAUAACUGGAUGCCAAGAAGGAAACUAAUAUUUGGUUUAGCACGCAGAUUUCCGAUGUUUUUAGGCCCCAUGUACCGCAAAGCAUUCCUCUCUGGGCAGCAUGGUAAAAUUGAUGAAAGGUUGUCUUUAUCACUGGGAGAGAAGGAUAGGGUUCUAAUUGAGGAACCAGCCUUUAUAGAAUUCUGGCACCGGGAUGUUGAAGAGUCUAUCCGUCAGGGGAAAGUUAAUCCGUUUGUUGAGGAAACUGUGUUGCAAGUGUCCAAUUGGGAUUUUAGCUUACGGGAUUUACAAGUUAAAGAAAAAUGUGACUCUUUUGGAUUUCUCCCAUGGCUAAAGUUCAUCUAUGGUCAACCAAAAUGUGAAUUGACUGGAUUUCUUGGACCAAUUCACAUCUGGCAGGGAAUGGAUGAUCAUGUUGUCCCGCCACCAAUGACCGAAUACGUCUCUAGGGUUCUUACAGAUGCCUUUGUGCAUAAAUUGCCAGGAGAGGGGCACUUGUCCUAUUUCUUUUUCUGCGACGAAUGCCAUAGACAAAUGUUCUCCACCCUUUUUGGAAGACCACAAGGAACCAUCAAAGCCAUCAUCUAUGAUGAUGCUUCAACAGCAGAAGAUGGUGGAGAAGAGGAUUUCAUUUCCACAGAAUGAGCUGGUUGUUUCCUCAUCUGUCACUCAAUGACUCAAUGCCGUGAUGUAUAUAAAUAUUGAAAUAGGGCUUUCUUUUGGCCUUGGAAAGCUUAUGUAUAGAUUCUUGAGAGGAGUACAUUUAGGUUGGGGUUGAUCAUGGUCAUGGAGGUUCACUUCUAGCAGUCUAGCCAUUGUGAAGACAGUGAUAUAGCAUUGUGAAGACAGUGAUAUAGCAGUCUUUCUCUGAGUGUGGCAGGUGACUACUGAAUUGCUCAUUUUGUGUCGCCAGGUGACCACAAAAUAGAAACAUGGUGAAAAAAAUAUAUACUCCAAGGUACUUGAGAAUAGGUUCUUUGGUACCACUACAAUGUGGAGGAGUUUUUGGUAUACAAGUUUUAUAAACCUAUUAAUUACGUAGCUCAAUCAUAUCCCAUACCUUGGCAGUUGUGAGUUGUGCAUAGAAAUGCGGAGUAAUUAACAAUUUAGUUCUUGCAAUGUCA